AUGGUGAACACCGGACAACCCUCAAGAGACUGUGCUCCAUGCAAGAAGAGGAAACUCCGAUGUGACCUACGGCCCGGUGGAUGCAGCCAAUGCCAUAGAGCCAAGCUAUUCUGUUAUGGAUAUCUCGAUCCUACCCAGCUGUUGAUCCAUGACGAGACUGGCUCUACACAGCGGAAGGUUCUUGCCCGGCAGAACUCGCCGCAUGGCCUUCCUCCUGUCUUGCAGCUUGGGUGGGUCGUUCGUGCGCGGGACACUUUCUUCUCGCUCUACGUCUUUGGGCUCUCACGCAGCUAUCACGCUCUUGCGCCUCUCUAUGACCAGGCUACUUCCUCGGGGCACCUAUCGUCAUGCGUAGAUGCGGUUAGCUUGGCCUUUGUGUCAUUUCAAUGCGGUAGCCCUGCCGUAUUGUAUAUGGCUCGCCAGAAAUACGUGGAUGGCAUUCGAAAAGUUGGCCAGGCUCUCCAGGAUCCCACAACGUCAUUGAGUGACGAGACCCUCCAGUCAGUGUUGCUUCUCGACCUGUACGAGAAGAUGGUGAACCGCAAUCCGCAUAGUCUACCGUCAUGGACAAGUCAUAUUCGAGGCGCGAUGUCUCUGGUUAAGGCUCGUGGGGCCAGAAACUUCUCGAGUCCCAUUGCAUGUCAGCUCUCCUUUCGCCUGUCAAUGACGUUGCCCAUUAGCUACGGACUGGCCAACCUGUUAAUGCCAAAAGGGUCGAUGGGCUUGAUGAGAGAACUCGACCCAUACAUUACCGGUAUUAAAAAGGACUUCACUGCCCUCGCAGCUGACACCUUCCGGCUUAAGUGCAAUAUCGCUCAUGGCAGAGUCUCUUCAUCGGAGGCUGUUCAGAUGGCACGAGGGAUUCAUAGCCGAUUAGUAGCGCUUGAAGCGGCGUUUCCCCCAUCCUGGAUGCCACGUUCGGUUAUUUGCGCCGAUCCACGGAUACUAGGUGUCCGCUUGGAUAUCUAUCCCGACCAUUUCGCGGCCCAACUUUGGAACGCUGUACGUUUCCAUCGACUGGCUACGGAUGACAUAAUCCAAACAAACAGUUCUGGAGACAGUUGUGUUACCAAAGAUGCUUUCCAAGAUAUCGCGGUUGUUGUUGAGCAAAUAUGUGCAAUGGUGCCUCAGUUUAUCCUUCCGGGGCUUUGGCCGGACAAUGAGAUGCCUUUCUCACCUUUGCAAAGAUUACGCUGCUGCACCAUCCUCGCUCCACUCUACAUUGCUGGUCAACUCUCCAAUGACCUGGUAAUAAAGAAUUGGGCUGUUCAAACUCUAGAGAGUAUAGCUGACAUUGGAAAUCUGAGAAUAGCAAGGGAAGUUGCCACACUCUUGGCAUCGGCGCGAACAGAUUACUGGUUAGUUUACGCGAUGAGUGGCAGCUACGCCUUUGCAGCCUGA